AAACCUCCUUAAAACCUUCCUCCCUCCUCCUUCUAUCUCUAGUUCUGCCACCAUCUCCCAACACUCUCAAACGCAGAGAGAGAGAGAGAGAGAGAGAGAGAGAGAGCAAAAAUGGUGCUCUCUCGUCUUCUUCAAGUAAAAUCAAGACCUGUUUUCCAAAGACGAGGGCCUGUGAACCCACCAAAGUGGUGGUGGCGUUACUGCACCUAUUCCUCUUCCAGUGCUGAGGCUCAGAAGUCCGCCAAGUUUGAUUGGGGCGAGGCUCAGAAGUCAUCAUCGCAUUCAAAGAAACUCAUUUUGGCCAAGGAACAAAAGGCCACUGCUGUGGAAUCAUUCGUCGCCAAAUAUAUGGAAACACAUCAAGGGACCUUCCCUAAGACCACAUACGUACAUAGCAACGUGGGAGGAUCAUGGUACACUGUCAAAGGAAUUCUGACCCACCUAAAGGAAAAAAUGGUGGGAAAUCCUCAACUCCAGAAUCACUCUACCAGUGAAACAUCAGAUUCUACAGUUGAUGUAACAGCUACAGAGGUCACUACAGCUCAAAAAAGUGAAACUACUAGUGAACUCAUUGAGGUCAAAAGUACAGUGAUGAAUUUUGAACUUAAUAAUGACAACACAUUGCCAAGUUCAACAUCCGGCAUGUCGAGGGAGUACUCAUCUGAGAACAUGAUAAAUGUACCAGAUUUUGAGAGUGUCCAAACACGUAGUAACUCUGAUAACACUGAAACUGUUAAACUUGAGACUAUAGUUCAAUCAUCAACAUCCUUGCCGAAUUUUGGCAAUAAUGAGAAGAAUUGUACCAAUUCAACCUCUCACAUACUGGAAGAAUCUUCUUCAGCGGACUCUGUCAUUCUAGAAGCUUCCAAUGAAUAUGUUAAUGGACGCCAAAACAAUCAACCUGAAACUGAAAAGAUGACUUCUGCAAGCCCAACCCCGAAUGGGAGCUCUGAGGUGGGUGGAAAGCAUUCUGUACCAUUUGGUGGGCCUCAAAAGACAAUGGGGAUAGCAGAUCUUUUAAUGAGGACAGGGGAGAUGACUAGUGAAAGGAAUGAUAGUGUGACACCCAGUAGUCCUGACUUUUUAAAUGAAGCAAUGGGAAGAGGUGAAGAAAAAGGUUGCGAUAGAUUGGGUUUAAUUGACUACAUUAAGGAGAUGCCUGAAGGGAAAUCAAAUCCUAGAUCCCACAACAGUACUACAUCCAAUAACAAUGAUCAAACCAGCAAUAAAAGUGCAAUUAAAGGGAUGCAACGUGAGUCUAAUUCUGCAAGGUCUGACAAUAGGGGAAGAAAUAGUCCAAUGCAUGGCCGCACUAUGGUUAAGGAGAUCAACAGCUUCAAGGGAAGUGAGGGUAAUAUACAUGAAGGUUCUCUGUUCGAAUUAUUUUUUGAUACGAAUCCCACGAGGAAGGAUAGUAAAGGAAGUGGUGCAGAUAUUGCUGCCCUCGAUUCCAUAAAGUUAAAAUCAAGCCAGGAAAUUAUGUUUACAACGAGCAAACAUGACUUCAAAAAGACUUGGAAUGCUCGUCUGGCUGAAAAAGAAGCUGAUGCCAACAAAGUGUUGGUGAGAUUCUUGCAUGUAUCGGUCAAAAGGAGUGACAUAGAGACACUAUUCAAUCAUUGUGGGUGCAUUACAAAGAUUGAUUUUCAUUCUAAAGGAGGCUUAUUCAAAAUUGCAUGCAUUUACUUUGAGACGAAAGAAGGGAUGCAGAAUGCUCUUCAAAAAACUGGUCUGAUUCUGAGAAAUAUAAAUCUCAUUGUUGAAGCAGCUCAUUCUAAGGAUAACAUCCCCAGAAAAACUUUAAUUCCUAACCUGAUUGGUUAUCCUGAGGUUCCAGCCUCAUUAGUGAAGAAUCCAACCCGAACGGUGAUGAUCAGACAGCUGACUGCUGACAUAAACUCUCGUGACAUUGAAGAAGCUCUUGCCUUCUGUGGAAGCAAAAUAUCUGGUUUUUUCUUUGGUUCUUCAAGUUCUAUUGCUUAUGUGGAAUUGGCGACAGAAGAGGCCAAACAAAGGGCACUUGAAAGGAACUCGAUUAUUGUAUCAGGAAAGCUGUUACGAAUCUUCAGAAUAGAUGCACCAAGAACAACUGUAGUUAGGAUUUCGAACCUUUGCUAUCCGGAAGUGCAAAAUAAAUUUGAAGGCAUAUGUGGGUCUUACGGGCGGGUCAAGCAUGUAGUUGUGAGAUCCAAGGACAUUGUGGAUGUACAUUUCAAUAUUACCGAGUGGCCAAACAUGUUGAGGAUUGUUAAUGGAUUGAAUGGAUUGCAAGUUUACAAUAGCCAAUGGAUAGCUCAACCAGCACCUGUCUUCCCUCCGGAGGUUCUUCAUGUUCUUUGGAAUCACCCAGAUGAAAGAAGGAAUCUGAAAACACAGAUUCACAGAUCAUUGCAAAAGCUUGUAGAGUAUCCUACUGCUCAUCAAGUUGGGUUAGCUUCCAUGGCAAAUGAAUACUAUGGCACAUCCUGUGAAUGAGUGAACUUUUACGAACUUUGAUUCCAUUAAUUAACAUCACUUGUUUUGAAGGGAAUGGUCUCUGCCCAGUUUGGAUAUGUUCCUCUGUGGAGAAUUAUAUGUGUUAUUAAGUUAAUUGAAGAUGAGGUUCUCCUGAGGUUCACUUUCGGUAAAAACUGUUCACUUUUGGUUGUAGAAGAUGAAAUUGUUUACUUCUGGUUCCCUUGAUUUGUAAUUGUAAUCACUGCAGAGUGGCCUGCUAAAUCCACAAGGCCAAGGAUCCUGUCCAUGAAGUCUUUCCAUCUGUCGUAAUUCACUCUCAACAUGCGCGAGAAAUCUCGAAAUACAAAUUUUGGUGUAGCGUCACGGACAGAGAUACCCAGAGCAGUCUAUGUCUAGAUCUAUCUCUUGAUUACACAUCGGAAGCUUCCUUCAUAUAUUUAGUGCAACCUGAGAGUGCAUUGUAGAUGGACAGAAACUCAAGAUACAAGAUCCCAGGUCUAUCCACAAUUUGGCGUUUCACUUUUGUAAACAAACAAUGAUGACAUUUAGCUCAAGUGCUGGCUUAUAGGGUGUUUGUAUAGCCAUGCUCAUGGGUCUAUUUCUCUAAUUUUGCAAUACCGGACUCGAGUUGUCUGGUGUUUUCCAAAUAAUGAUUCAACAUUUAUGCCAUUCGUCAA